AUUUCUGACUUCAGAUUGCUGACUCGGCGCCUCACUGUGAUUGGUCCAUUGAGAGUCGGCAGUCGGUCAGCCUGUGAAGUCGGUAGUCUGAUACGGGCUUAACAUGAACUAUAGAUUUUUAGUACUGGUAGUGAAUUUCGGAGUGCAAUCACCGUAAAUUGUUUGCGAAACUUUUGGCGCGAAACGUUUGACUGCUGAGAGGUUAAAAUUAACAAACACCCUCUUCCAGUAAUCUAUUUUACUCUUAUCUGUUACAUUGUUUUAUGUGCGUAUAAAAAUCGUCUAUCGGCCCUAAUAGAAACAAUGAGGUGUGUAACGCCUGAAAUUUCAUGGCAUAAUCGCGAUCCUGUACUGAGCGUUGAUGUACAAAGUGGAUCGUAUAAGAAUAGAGAAGGACAAACGUUUUGGAGAAUUGCGACCGGAGGAGCGGAUUAUCAUGUUUUGAUUUGGCACAUGACGAUAACAGAAUGCAAUAGUGUUACUAUUAAUUAUGUAGCAGACUUGGAACGUCAUCAGAGGGCAGUGAAUGUAGUAAGAUUUUCCCCAUCCAAAAAAAUUUUAGCAUCAGGAGAUGAUGAGUCUGUUAUUAUCUUAUGGAAGUUAAAGGAAGAAGAACAAGAUUGUUCUCCACCUUCAGACACUGAAAACAAAGAACAGUGGACCUCUUGGAAAGUACUAAAGGGCCACAUCGAAGAUAUUUAUGAUAUCAGCUGGUCACCAAACUCUAAUUUUCUAAUUUCUGGUUCUGUUGAUAAUACUGCUAUACUGUGGGAUAUUAAAAAGGGUCGUAAUAUUGCGAUAUUAUCAGAUCAUAAAGGUUUUGUACAAGGAGUAUCUUGGGAUCCUUGCAAUCAAUAUGUGUGUACUAUUAGCACAGACAGACAAUGUCGUUUAAUAGACAUUGCUAAGAAGAAGGUCAUUCAACGUGUCCACAAGUCAAAAAUUCCAACGCCACCUGGUCACCCAUUAGAAGGAAAGGUCGUCCGUUUAUUUUACGACGACACAUUCAAAUCUUUUUUCCGUAGGCUAACUUUUACCAUAGACGGCUCGCUGAUUAUCGUUCCUUCUGGAAUAAUCGAGCCGCAAGAGACCACGGGAAAUAUAUCGAAUGCGACAAUGAUUUUUUCCAGACAAAAUAUAAAAGAGCCAAUAAUGAUCCUACCUACUCAGGACGAAUGUACUAUAGCAGUACGAUGUUGUCCUGUGUACUUUGAGCUACGAAAGGACGGGCCAUUCUCUGUGAUAACGCUGCCUUAUAGAAUGGUAUUUGCCGUCGCGACACAGUCUUCCGUAUUAUUUUAUGACACACAACAAACUUGGCCGAUCGCCAUGGUAUCUAAUAUUCACUAUGGCAGACUAAAUGACAUUUCGUGGUCUAGUGACGGGCGAAUUUUGAUUGUAUCCUCGAGCGAUGGCUAUUGUUCUAUAAUACACUUUGACGAGAAAGAAUUGGGUGAAAUUUACACAGCAAAGGAGCCUGUAAAUAUACCGAAGGAGACGCUUAAGAGCUCUGGCAAGAAAUCUUCAAGCAUCGUAGUCAAAGAUAGCGUAAACAAGAAAAAGAUCUCAACGUUGGACGUGGAUGAAAGUGCGGUGGAUAUCGAUAUUACAAAAUACAAUGUAGUCGCGAGAACGAAUGAUUCUCCUCAAAAUCCGAUCGAAAAGAAGUCAGACGAGAAGUCAGAAGUCGUGCAAGAUCAAAAUAACACAGGGAAAAGCAGCGAUCCGCAAAUAGAAAACAAAUCGAAGGAAGAAAUCGCCGCAGAAGAAACUGAAGAUAUCAAGUUAGUGUAUCACGAAGACAGUAUUAGCGAUACGGCCAAGGUGAAAACGAAAAGUGCUCCUUUGCAAACUAACGUUGCUCCAAUCAAGCCCAACAAAGCACCUAGAAGGGUGCAACUGAUAACUCUGUCCAGCCCAAGAGAACUUAAGAAACAGUAGCUUAUAUAUUGUAAAAAAGCGGAUAGAUCUCUUCCAAGACUCGUGUAUGGAAAGUUUUAGCGUUUACAACUAUUUUUUAUAAUUAAGGCUACCAUAUUCUAGGAGAGAGCAUCGACGUUUGUCCGUUGAAUUCUGUAUCAAGAAUCAUAAAUAUCUUCCAAGUUGUAAAUUAUAUACACGAAACAUA